CAUCUACAACAUUACGGCGCUCUGGACUGUCAUUGGCCCCGCCCAUCUUAGGUCGUUGUGGAGGGGAAUUCCACCUACGUCAUGAAACGCGACAGGUCUGUGAAUACCUGUUUCCAGUGACGUGCGGUAAAGCUUGACGGUACAGUUCCAUAUCGAUGAAACGAUCUUACAGGAUACUUUAUGUAAAAAAAUAUAUACAUAGAAAAUACAUUAAUAAGUAUAUAAAUAGACACAAUGGAAUAUAUAAAGAAUGGUUUAUAUUUUUUGCAGAGAAUAUUAGUUUAGGUUAUGUUAGUUAAUAAUUGAAAAGUAGUUUAUGUUGAAGUAUGCUUCUAUAUGCUUUUCAUGUUUUUAAAUUUCUGCUUAUUAAAGAUUGUAUUGAUCAAGAAUAUAGUUAAAUGUAGGUGAUUAUGUGAAGAUUGAUGAAGAACAGCAGGUGUUCUGUGUUAUGUCUAAGAAUUUGUAACUAAGGAAUAUGAGUUAAAUAUUUCAUUUGGAUUACAGCAUGUAUUGAAUGCAUUUAAAGUGAAUGUACUUUGGAACGGGAAGAUUAAUUGUUAAUCAUGAGAACAAAUACUUGUUAUUCAAGUCACGCAUAUACAUACCUCUGUAAGUGUGUGUGGUGAAAUAUCUGUUAUUUAUUGAAAUCGAAAAUUAUACAAUAGUUAUUGUUAAACUAGCUGGUGAAACAUAAGUGUGACCUAGGCUGGGAUUGGUUGUUUUAGAGGGAAGAUACAUCAUGGUAGAAGGAGAUCUGAUUGUAUAAAAAAAGGAUGUAAAUAGUAAUUCGGAGAGCUCUCUGUGUGUCUUUAUGGUACUGGAGACCUCCCAUAGGCCUAUGUAAAAUAAAAAGAUUAUUAGAAGAAAUCAUCGUUUCUAGACUUUCCUCUUACAUCGCCGACUCACCCACCGAACCUAAGAGGAGGUUUUCCUCCACACUUAUCCGAGCCCUACUGAAUUAACCCAUGAUAUUUAAUGUUUAUAUUUAUUCUUCUUUCUCUUCUUGUAAUGCUUCUUUUUCUUGUCAAUCAACACCAGCAUUUAAACUAUUUGUAGUGAUAUAGGCCUCAGCCUAAUGCCCACUGUAGUUAGAGUAAGUCAAUCAGCCUCAUGGUUGCACUACAGGUAGGGACGCCAGUUUGUCUCCACCAUGCGACCUUCAGGGCUUUCAACUUGCAUUUCAAUGGCUAACCUCUAGGGGGCCCCAUAGGCACUCGGUCAAGUGGCUAAACAUACAAUUGAGUUUUCAAUUGAGACAACCUUAUAUGCGGAGAGUCUGGAGGGAAAAGUGAACAUGGAUAGAAGUUUAUAAAUGCUACGAAAAGCAUGUAUUUGAGCCAGUGGUCUUCACUGUUGGACCCGGAGAGUCUGCUGGCUUUCGUUGUUACUCAGCACUUUAGUAGCACAGCAAUUCAUCAGGUAAAACGGUUCAUUACACAGUUAACUCAGUUAUCUUCAGGAAAAAACAAAAACCAGCAGUUCUGUGGUUCUCCAGGACCAAGAUUGAGUAUCACUGCAGUAGAAAUAAAAAUGCAUCCAUAUAAAGCAGGUUUUUGUUUUAACCCAGCAAGAAGACACCUGAUUCUACUUAAGGUCUUGACAGAAGACCAUUAUUAGUUAAUUAGCUGAAUCAUGAAUUUAUGUUUUUUACUUUUUUUUUUGGCAAGUUAAAGGUUAUAUAGACUACCGUUAAAAACUUUUGGAAUCAUAAAGUGUUUAUGUUUUUGAAAAAAAAAAGAUACUAUUAUUCACCAAGGUAGCAUUAAAUUGAUAAUAAAAAAAAUACAGCCCAGACAUUGAUAAUGUUACAAAUUACUAUUACUCUUUGAAAUAACAGUUAAUUUCGUCUUUACAUAUGAUUGCAAAGCCCUAUUUUCAGCAGCCAUUACUCCAGUGUACUGACAGCACACUGUGUUACCUCAUCCUUACUGUAAGUAUUCAUGCUAAUGUGCCUGUUUGGUACCAGAGAAAGCACUCCCAUUAGGCGCAGCUGAAAACAAUUGUGCUGUUUACUUAAGCUAAAAAAUAUCUUUCUUUCAGUUGCUACAGUAUCCAUUACGCUGGCAUUUGUAAAGUUAAAUUGUGGUUUAAAAAAUGGCCAAAAAGAAAUGGCUUUCUCUAGAAACUUGUCAGUCAGUUGUUCUUUUGAGAGAUGAAGGCUAUUCCAUGCGUGAGAUUGCCAAGAAACUGAAGAUCUCAUACUAAGGUGUGCACUACCGUCUUGAAAGAGGAGAGCAAACUGGAUCUAACCAGGCCAGAAAGAGAUGUGGAAGGCACAGGUGCAUGACUGUGCAAGAGGAAAAGUACAUCAGAGUCUCUAGUUUGAGAAACAGACGCCUCAUAGUCCUCAGUUGGCAGCUUCAUUGGACCGUACCCGCCAAACAUCAGUUCCAUCUGCAAUAGUGAAGAGACGACUCCGGGGUGCCACCCAUAAUACUCUUUUCCAAUCAUCUACCGGCCAAUCUUUGGAUUAUUUUGCAAAUUUUUACCUUUUCUUCUUGUUUUCCAGUUUCAGAAGGGAAAUUUUCUUUGGAACUUUGCCUGUAAGGCCAGCAUAAAGUUGAAGAGAAUAAACAAGUGGAAACCUAAACUAAAGAGGGGUGUUCAUUUUUACAGAGUGUGUGUGUGUUUGAGACAGAGAGAGUGUGUGUGUGUUGUGUAUGUGUGCCUGUUUGUGUGUGUGUUCAAAGGUUGAAAAAGGCCCUGAACAGUUUCAACAAAUACUUCUACAAAAUGAGCAUUGUGUAAAGGCAUUUGAUCAGGUGACCAGGUGAUCACGUGGUCAGGUUGUGGUCACGCAGGAAGUCAGUGGCUCAGAGGCGUGAGCAGGCAUGGGACACGCCCACAUGCUGCUCUGUGCGCUUUUGAGAACUGAAAGUAGGUAUAACUCAGCCAACCUCUUUACCACCAAGUCCUCAGUAACAUCGAGUCGUCAGGAGAAGAAAUAGCGUAUCCGUGUUGUGCUUCAGCCAGUUUAGAUGUGACACGGCCGGACUUGUCAGUUCUUACCCAAGUGAAUACCUCUGUGCUACUGGAAGCCGCUUGAUGUGAACGGGAGUGUGAGAAAUGCAGCAGUUUGCAGUGAUUGAAGACUGCAGCCUGCAGUCCUGGUCUAUGAUUGGUGCUGGAGGUUUUGGACAGAUCUAUAAGGCCAAAUACAAGGGGAUGGAGGUGGCAAUCAAACUACUGCAUCAUGAUGAUGGUGCAUCUCUGCUGAAGGAGGCGGAGUUCAUGCGUCACGGUGGGACGUGGUGCAAGUAUGUGGUGGAGGUUUCUGGGGUGUACUGGGUGGCUCCCCCAGGCUUGCCCUCACCCCAGAUGGGCCUGAUAAUGGAGCUGGUGGAGAGGGGGUCUGUGGAGUCCCUCCUGCAGAGGCUGGGGGGGCCCCCUCCCUGGGCCCUGGCCUUCCGCCUGGCUGAUCAGGUGGCCAUUGGCAUGAACUUCCUGCACCAGCUCUCCCCCCCACUGCUGCACCUCGACCUCAAGCCCAGCAAUGUGCUGCUGGACCACGGCUUGCAGGCUAAGAUCACAGAUUUUGGACUGGCCCAAGUGAUGCGCAGUAUUUCCAGUGUGGGGGGGCAGGGAAAUGAGGGGGGAACACUGAGCUACAUGCCCCCCGAAGCCUUCAAACUGUCCUACAAACCCACACCUGCCUCCGACUCCUACAGUUAUGCCAUCCUGCUCUGGUCUUUAAUCACAGGCAGGCAGCCCUAUAGAGAUGCUCUGUCCUGUAUAGUCCGGUUGAGGAUUCCGGAAGGGGACAGGCCCAGCCUGGAGGGGGUGGACCGGGAGGCAGCUGAGGGUUUGGGGGAGCUUGUUGACCUCAUGGUGAGAUGCUGGGACCCCAGCCCCCAAAAACGGCCCUCUUUCUACGACUGCCUCCCAGUGACAGAGAAGGUGUUUAAGCUGCACAGAUGUGGAAUUAAUGAUGCCAUCUACCAGGCAUCAAAAGCACUGGAUGACGACAAUGAGGUAUCUUCCUCUUGCUCCAGGAUUGGCACCCUCCACAUCUCUGCCAGUUCAGUUCACAAUGGACCCCUCCCUGCACAGGAGACACCUGGAAAUUUCACCCCUCACUCCAAAGUCAAAGUGUCUGCUCCACAUCGCCCAAUCAGAAUGCUGUCUGCUGAUCCAACCCUGCACUCAGCCAAUCAACCUCCAGUGGCUGCCUCCUCGUCCUCCAAACAAAGCUUGGAGGGUCAGUGCUGCAGACAGACUCCAGUGCUGUGUUCCAAGAGCAUCAAUAUUUCCAGAGUGACUGCAGUGCAGAUUGGAGACCACAACACCAUGACCAUCACGACUGGCAGCCGGACACGCCACAGAAACCCCACAGCGCCUGCUAGUGUCAGCCUCCCAGCAUCGCAGCCUGGAAAACCAUUCCAGUGAACAACAGGCCCUGACUCACCUGAGGCCCUGACUCACCUGAGACUCAGUUCUGAAAUAAGGAUGUGUGUGAUCAUGAGUGUCAGUGGCACAGUGGCAUGUAAAGGUUUGGGCAACCCAGGACAAAUCACAUGUUUUGUUAAUUUACUAAGUGGAAAGAAUUUGACAAACUCUACAAAGAAUAAAUUUAAAUAUAGCAUAUUUCAAUUUUGCCUGAAUUUAACUGAAGAAAUAAAACUGUAAAUGUGGCAUGUGCAAAA